AUGUCUGACACCAAGUCUCACCGUCUCUACGUAAAGGGCAAGCACAUUUCCUACCAGCGAGGAAAGCGCAACACCAACCCCGGCACCUCUCUGCUCAAGCUCGAGGGUGUUGACGACACCGCCGCCGCACAAUGGUACGCCGGUAAGCGCGUAGCAUACGUCUACCGCGCCCAGCGCGCCAUCCAGGGCUCCAAGAUCCGCGUCAUCUGGGGCAAGGUCACCAGGCCUCACGGAAACUCUGGCGUCGUCCGCGCCAAGUUCAGGUCGAACCUCCCUCCCAAGUCCUUCGGUGCCUCCGUCCGCGUCAUGCUUUACCCUUCUUCGAUAUAA